CGAAUUACCCCUGUAUUUGGCAUUGACGGCCGCACACGUUUCUUAAGCACGUCCCUACGCGGACAGACUACUUUGGAAGUUUGAGACCUUAAAACCCUAGUCUCGGGCUCUGGCAUUUUCUGCUUCUCUGCUGCUCUACAUCGCUCUCUCAGGGAAAAAUGAGUCGCUCUAGCAAGAGCAACAAGACAUUGUAUGUUGGCAAUCUUCCUGGUGAUACGCGUGAGCAUGAAGUGGAGGAUUUGUUUUACAAGUAUGGACCGAUUGCACAUAUUGAAAUGAAAACUCCUUCCAGACCUCCCUGUUAUGCUUUUGUGGAGUUUAAAGAUGCUCGUGAUGCUGAUGAUGCUAUUCGUGGUCGUGAUGGCUAUGAUUUUGAUGGACAUCGAUUGCGGGUUGAGUUGGCCCAUGGUGGUCGCAAUCAGUCAUCAUUUAAUGACCACCACAGUAGCUAUAAAAGCGGUCGAGGUCCACGGGGUGGUUUGUCGAGGCGUUCUGACUAUCGAGUGUCGGUCACUGGAUUGCCCAAAUCUGCUUCAUGGCAAGAUCUUAAGGAUCACAUGCGUCGAGCUGGGGAUGUUUGUUUCUCCCAAGUUUUUCGCGAGGGUAGUGGAAUGUCUGGAGUGGUAGAUUACACUAAUUAUGAUGACAUGAGACAUGCCCUAAAAAAACUUGAUGCGUCUGAGUUCCAAAACGCAUACUCCAGAGCAGUAAUAUAUGUUAAGGAAUAUGACUCAGGUCGCUCUAGAAGCCUAAGUCGAAGUAGAAGCCCUUCUUAUUCAAGAGGGAAGAGUGGUGGGCACAGCCGCCACCGGAACCGAAGUUAUAGUCGUAGCAGAAGCAAGUCUCCUAAAGCCAAGGCUUCUCGACGUUCAAGAUCACAUUCAAAAUCAUCAUCACGAUCUGAUUCGAAGUCAAAUGGCCGCUCUAUGUCAAGUUUACUGAAGGAUAAACCCUCUAACGUUGUGGAUCAAAUUAAUGUUUGGAAGAGUGGUUUGAUCUUGAAGUACUAAAAGGUUAUUUGCAGUUUUUCUGCAGCACUUUUGGAAUGUGAUAAUAUAGCAAGUGUUUCUCUGUGCUUAUAAGCUUAUAAGUCAGCUAGCUGAUGACAUGUUUGUGUGCUUAAUUGCUUACAAACUGACUUACUACCUCCGUCCCAGAGUAUUUGUCCACUUUCAUUUUUGCACACCAUCCAAUACACUUCUUUAAUCCAUUUUAUCUUGUAAUUUGUAUAUUAAAAAAUUAUAGAAAUUAUAUAUUAAUAAUCUAUAUGUUAAGACAAAUCAAACAAGAUCACACAUGACUAUAUUUAGGCUUACACAUUGAGAGAAUUAAUCAAAUCAAAUUAGUCAAAGUGCUUAGAUGAACAGUUCCAAGUCAGAAGUGGACGAAUAUAGCGGGACGGAGGGAGUAUAACUUAUAACUUAUAAAGCAUCUGUAAUACCAUAAAUAGCUAAAUACGUAGUAUGUGGUAUUGUUAUUUGGAAGUAGCAUAUUUGGGGAACCAAAUCACGUGGGUACUUAAAUUGGGUUUCUUUCUGGCAAUUUUGCAGAUCUCUAUCAAGAUCUAGAUCCCCAGCACCUCCUCUGAAGAAAGAUGUCAAUGAAAGCCUGAAGAAACACAGCCCCAGUGGAAGCCCUAUCCGGAGUCGCAGCCAGAGUUUAUCCAAAUGAGAGAGAUUGGGUGAUGGUUGAACAUUUACUACUGGUAUGAAUUUCCCUGCACGGAUACACUUGAAUUUCACUGACCAAGAAGGAACAGUGAGAUCUCUCCUUCAUCCUUCUAACCUUUAUUGUUUUUUAUUUUUGAGAUUGGCCAACAAUUUGAGGCAUUGAGCCAGAUUAUAUAUACUUGUGUAUUUUUGUCAAAGAUUUGCAAAGCUAUUUAUUCGUCUGGCAGUAAGAUUGGUGUACAAAUUUGGAUCCGGCAGACUGCAGAGUAAACUCCAUGUGGAGUUGCUCCACCAGUGGAAUCUUGGCAUUUACUUUAUCUUCUGUGUUCUCUGAAUAAUUAGCUCACAGCACAUCUUUCGUUUCUACAUUCUAUCUAUGUUCUGUUUUU